GAAGAUUUUAUUCUUAAUGCGUUUUUUUUAAUAUCCUAUUUCGAAGUUAUAAUAAUGAGUAAAGGUGGAUUUUCUUGUGUGAUGUGUAAAAACAUAUCUGGACGAAAUGCAGGAAUAAAGUUUUUUCGUUUUCCAAAAGAUCCAGAAAUGUCUAAAUUAUGGCUCAAAUCUUGUAAUCGUAUGAUUGAUAGAACAACUGAAGAACUUUAUAAAAAUUAUCGAAUUUGUAGUGAUCAUUUUAAUGAAAACAUGUAUCUUAAUGACUUGAAAACUAGACUUCUUCCUGCAGCUAUACCAAAUGCAACACAGACCACAUCAAAUUUUCUGACAAAUCCAACUUGUGACACUUACGUUAUUUCAAGAGAGAAUAUAGAAUUUAGACAGAAAUCUUAUCAGGAGGAAUUAGAAAUAAAAGCAAACGAAUCGUUAUAUGAACAAAUGGACCUAGGUGAAAGCAAUAAUUCUACUGAUGGGACGCUAAUAGAGCCAGAUGAGCGUAAUAUUUCAAGAGGAGAAAUUGCCUCUUCAAAACUAGUUCAUAAACAAAUUCAGACGCCUCAGAAUUUGUCUCAUGAUUCUCCAAGAAAAAAUCGAUUAAAAUCAAGAAUUGUCUCAUUGCAGCGGGAAAAUAGAAAACUGAAACAACAAUUGAAAAAUGCUCUUACAAAAUCAGACAGAGAAGAUUUAAAAUAUUACUGUCAACUAACAGAUAAAUUUUUAUUUCCUUCUGCAGCAACUUUUGUGAAGGAACAAGCUAAACUAAACCAACAAUUAACAAAAGUAGAAUAAACAUGAUGAUUGGUUCACCAGUGCCAUCAAAAACCAGAUGAAAACAAUCAAGCAUUUAACGGAUGAGUUCGGGGAGACGCUAUUAGUGCUAUUCGUAUUAUUCAAUGUUUUUUUAUUGUUCAAUAAACGUAAAAUAAAGAUAGGGCAACAUAAAUAACAUUAAUAGCGUCUCCCGGCCGCAGUCAAUAACUUCAGAUCUGGAUAAUUUUGUCA